GGACACAAACCCUAUCUAACAAAAAGGCACUUGCAAUUCUUGUGUGUUGCUGGAGAACUUCUUCCUCGGCUUUGAACGACUUUCGGCUCGUUUAGUCGUAAAUGUGAUUUUUUUUCCACAUCGGAGACUUUAAGGAGAACUGCCUUGCGUCUGGCUAAAUAGCGGCGCGUGCCAGUAGAAACGGUAGCAAUUUACCUGAAUACAAGACAGCGGUGAGCGUGCAUGUGAUGUAAGUAUGUAUUAGCAAGGAGACCGCGUUGGAUGAAGAAGUAGACACGGGGAUGAAAUCUGAAGUACGGAUGGACGGGGCCAUGCAGGUUCGACGCAGGAUAGAAUUUAAAAGUUUAAGGUUUUCGCUUAACACGCUGACAACUUUGUGCCUAAUAAUCCUCGUUCUUCUGACGACCGAAGUUCAAGCCGGUGGAAAGAAGUACAACCAGCCAUGCGGAGGGAGGGACUGCAGCGGAGGGUGCAAGUGCUUCCCUGAGAAGGGCGCCCGGGGACAGCCAGGCCCCCUAGGACCACAGGGAGGCCAGGGAUCCCCAGGACGACCGGGUGAGCCUGGUGUGAUCGGGCCCAAGGGAGAGAAGGGGGACCGUGGACGUGGCGGCAUCACCGGGCCAAAAGGAUCCGUGGGAAUGACCGGAGUUCCUGGGUUUUCUGGGAUGGACGGGAUUCCCGGUCACCCUGGACAGGCAGGAUCUCGUGGGAAACCAGGUGCUGAUGGCUGCAAUGGAACACGAGGAGACGACGGAACGCAGGGCAGAACAGGCCUACAUGGCUAUGCAGGUCAUCCUGGUAACCCUGGCAGAAAGGGUGAGAAAGGUGACUCUUUGGAAGUCAGCGUGUUCAUGGAAAGAUUUCGGGGAGAAAGGGGUGAUCGUGGCUUUCCAGGAUAUACAGGCCCUGCUGGUUUACCUGGUUUGACAGGACGUCAGGGCCAUGUUGGGCCACAGGGGCCCCCUGGAUUUCCUGGCCCUCCAGGGCCAAAGGGCACAAUGACUAAAACGUUGAAGGGGCAGAAAGGUGAACCGGGCGAUGCCGGAGAGCCAGGCCCCCCCGGGAACUCUACUCACCCCCACACCAAGACCCCCUCAGGGCUACCGGGGCUGAAAGGGGAAAAGGGUUUCCAAGGUGAAAGGGGAGAUUUGGCUGACAACUGGGUGAUCGGAGAAGUGGGUGUGAUGGGAUAUCCAGGGCAAAGGGGGAGCCCUGGUUUAGAUGGGCAGCCAGGAGAGACGGGAGAUGCUGGGGAACCAGGGCAAGGUGGAAGAGAUGGAGCCAAGGGUGAAAGAGGAGAGCCAGGAGAAUUCAUUCCGAUCGGUCCAAUUCCACCGGCGCCCCCUGGUCCUAAUGGACAGCCCGGGCCCCAGGGGGAGAAGGGGGAACCUGGGGAGAAGGGACUCCCUGGAACCCCAGGAACGCCUGCCUAUCCUACUUCCGAAACUAGGUUCAAUAAGGGCUCAUUUGGCCCAAAGGGGUUCAAAGGGAGCAAGGGUCCUGACGGUGACCCAGGGAUACCUGCCACGGUGCCUGGUCCCCCUGGUUACGAUGGAUAUCCAGGAGACCCUGGGGCCCCAGGAGAGAGGGGAUCUUGGGGAAACGAGUUCAGAGGUCCGAAAGGUGAAAUAGGGCAGCCAGGUGCUGGUGGACAGCAGGGUCAGAAAGGUGAUGAAGGCCUGUGCCAGUGCGACAAUGUGAACUCCCCACCUGGCCCUCCUGGACCUCCAGGUAGCCCGGGAAUCCAAGGCAUGUCGGGCGAGUGGGGCCAGCAAGGCGACCCAGGCAGUCCUGGCCCACGCGGGGCUCCUGGACUGCCUGGUCUCCAAGGCCAGGAGGGUCUACCAGGUCCAAAGGGGAGUAAAGGAAGACCAAUGAAAGCCACUCAGAAAGGAUUUCCUGGAGAUCCAGGGGACCCAGGUACAACAGGAAACCAGGGUGAAAGUGGUCAACCUGGGCCUAUAGGAUCUCCUGGAGCCCCUGGACUGCGUGGUCGACCUGGUGAAGGUCCAGUGGGACCUCCUGGAGAAAAGGGUGGUCCUGGCCGCCCGGGGGCACCUGGGAGAGCUGGACUGAUGGGCGAACCAGGUGUGGUCCUUGGAGCAAAAGGACUUCCAGGUCUCCCGGGAGACGCUGGCUACGACGGUUUUGAUGGAAGCCCUGGACCCCCAGGUGUUCAAGGAGGCUGUGUUCUGGAAGGAAACAGGAGGCGGGAGGAUGGAACAGGAGAGUGUGAUCCAGUGCCAGGGCCUGCUGGUAAACCUGGGCUACCUGGCCCUAUCGGUUUGGAUGGUUCACAAGGCACACCUGGACCCAAAGGUUUUCAAGGACUGUUUGGGGAGGAGGGGCUCAAAGGAGAACAGGGUGAUCCAGGCAGAGGUGGACCAAUGGGGCAUCCAGGGUUUGUGGGGCCUCGUGGAGAUAGGGGUUCACCCGGCAGCAAGGGAAGGCAGGGGUCUCCUGGGGACCUGGGAAGGCGGGGCCUGGAUGGAGAACCGGGACAGAAAGGCAACCACGGGGAGGUUGUGGGGGCUUCCACAGGACCUUCCGGAGAGCCAGGGCCCCCUGGCCUACAAGGGGCUAAAGGCAACAUUGGAGACCCUGGCCAGCCUGGAUACCCAGGGAUGGAGGGCAUGCCAGGAAUCCUUGGCUCCAAAGGAGAACUGGGUCCUCCAGGCCUGCAAGGGGAAGAAGGGAGGCCAGGGCCGCCAGGAAAGUAUGGCUUCCGGGGAUUCCCAGGACAGACAGGCCCCCCAGGUUCUCCAGGGUCCAUUGGAGAACCAGGCCCCGCUGGUGACAGAGGAGAUGACGGUGAUCCUGGCCCACCAGGCCCUUUUGGAAGGAAGGGAAUACCUGGUGAGCCAGGUAGCGUUGGUCCAAAGGGAAACGAGGGGCAGCAGGGUAACCCAGGGUUACCAGGACGACCUGGCCACGCUGGUCUUCCUGGAGUCAAAGGUUCCAGAGGCUCAACAGGGAUGACAGGGUUUGAAGGCAUGCCAGGUGUCAAGGGAAAACUAGGAUUUGCAGGACAGAAAGGAGAACAGGGGUUUUCUGGAACCCCAGGUUACAAAGGUGCCAUGGGAAAGAAGGGAGUAAAGGGUGACAGAGGGCUGCAGGGCCCUCCUGGUGAAAAGCCAUACAUUCCCCCAUACAUGAUGAAAGAGAUGAAGGGGACCAAGGGCGACCAUGGGAAAUUAGGAGAUUAUGGCUUCGUAGGUCCCAGGGGGUCUAAGGGAUACCCAGGCCUGCCAGGAGGGACUGGUACUGAUGGUAUGCCGGGAGAGCCCAGCGAUGAGAAGGGUGCCAAGGGAAACUUUGGGGCAGAAGGGCUUCCAGGGCACAAAGGAAUGCCCGGCCUCCCUGGACAACCGGGAAUCCAGGGCUUUCCGGGAAUGACUGGCCACAGGGGAGAGAAAGGAACACCUGGAGCUUACGGCCGCUCAGGGGAAGACGGUGUGAAGGGACGCAAAGGUGAAGGCGGCCCCAUCAUCAACUUACCUGGACCCACAGGUGAAAGGGGGAACCCUGGCUUUCCUGGACAGUUGGGGGUCAAGGGCUUCAAUGGGCUGCUGGGAGAGAGGGGCAGCUCAGGCUUCAAUGGCAUUGAUGGUCUGAAAGGAGAGAAGGGUCAGCCUGGUACUGAAGGCCCGGCAGGGUCUGAUGGGAAAAAUGGUUCCCCAGGACACCAUGGCCACAAGGGGUGGCCUGGGACCCCAGGAGAGCCAGGGUUUGGGGGUCAUCCUGGCCUCCCAGGGCAGAGAGGUUUUCCUGGUCUGAAGGGCAUAUUUGGUCUGGACGGUCUAAAGGGGCAGAAAGGCAUCCCAGGAGUCCCAGGUUCGGAUAACGGAGGACUGGCAGGAGACCCUGGGACUAAAGGGGAGAAAGGAGAAGCAGGGAUCCCCAACACAGAGAGAGGAUUACCAGGGCUGUUGGGUUCCAAGGGAUCUCGCGGAGACUCAGGUGAUCAAGGUGAACCUGGACCCCCUGGAUUUCAGGGCCCCCCUGGGAUACACGGGAUAUCUGACAUACAAGGCGCACAGGGUGACCCCGGUUUCCCAGGGGCAAAAGGGCAUCAAGGUUUUCCUGGGUUUCAAGGGAGACCAGGUGUACCCUCAACCAGCGGAAGCAAGGGGGAUAGAGGACAGCCAGGACCUUUUGGGGAGAGGGGCUCAAUAGGUACCCAAGGAGAUCAGGGACAGCAAGGAUUCCCAGGGCGGAACGGACUGUCUGGGAAUAAAGGUGCAACGGGAGAGCAGGGGCUGAUGGGAACUCCUGGAAGGCCUGGUUUCAAAGGAGACAAAGGACCUGUCGGUCCAAAAGGCAACACUGGAUUUCCAGGAUUCCCCGGGGUGCCUGGUGAUCAGGGCCCAGUACCCACCCCACCUAAACAGCCUGGGGAGAGGGGCCCGCCUGGUGCUCAUGGAAUCCGUGGACCCGAAGGACAUCGUGGGGAGUUUGGCCCCCAAGGGCCGCCUGGAGACCCAGGCUUCAUGGGUCCCCAGGGACAGAAGGGCAUGCCAGGAGUCAGUGGCACACCUGGAACACCAGGUUACCGUGGAGAUGUCGGGCAGGGUGGGCACCAAGGUCUCCAGGGCCUUCAAGGGAGUCCGGGCCGCCCCGGUGCCCCUGGGAUCACUGGAAUGCCGGGGCGCAGUGUGAGCGUGGGGUACCUGCUGGUGAAGCACAGCCAGUCGGACCAAACGCCCAUGUGUCCCGUGGGCAUGGCCAAGCUGUGGGAUGGGUACAGUCUGCUGUACUUUGAGGGUCAGGAGAAGGCUCACAAUCAGGACCUGGGCCUGGCUGGGUCUUGUCUUCCUCGUUUCAAUACCAUGCCCUUCCUCUACUGCAACCCCGGGGACAUUUGCUACUAUGCCAGUCGCAAUGACAAAUCCUAUUGGCUGUCCACCACUGCCCCCAUUCCCAUGAUGCCAGUGGAGGAGACGGAGAUCAGACCCUACAUCAGCCGCUGCUCCGUAUGCGAGGCGCCAUCCGUGGCUAUUGCAGUGCACAGUCAGGACACUACAAUCCCACAAUGCCCUGCGGGCUGGCGCAGCUUGUGGAUUGGCUACUCUUUCCUCAUGCACACGGCUGCCGGAGACGAGGGCGGCGGGCAGUCCCUGGUGUCACCCGGCUCCUGCUUGGAGGACUUCCGCACCACGCCCUUCAUCGAGUGCAACGGGGCCAAAGGGGCCUGCCACUACUUUGCCAAUAAGCAGAGCUUCUGGCUCACUUCCAUCGAGCACUCCUUCCAGAGCCGGCCAGCCGCAGAGACGCUCAAGGCUGGCCAGCAGCUGUCCCGAAUCAGCCGCUGCCAAGUGUGCAUGAAGAACCUGUGAACCCCCCCACCCCUAAAUUUUUACCUGCAGUACCCCAAGUACCCCCAACCACUGUCCCAGCUGAGGCUUAAAGACUGUCGUUGCUGAGGUGUAGAAGAGUUAUGGCACAGUUUCUCCUGAAACCACGAGGGGAACAAAAAAAAGGUUUCCAGAUAUCACUUUAUGUUCAAAAUGGUGCUUAUUUAAUAUAAAUAAUAUAUAAGUUAUAUAACUUAUUACCUCAGCUAUGUGUUUUAACAACUCCUGAAAUUAUACAGAUCAACCAAAGAUGCAAACAGUUUAUGCACUGCUUCUUAUGUUUUAUAUUUGUUUUUAUAUAAAUAUAUCAAAUCAGCUUUUAACAAUAUUCCAGCACCACUAAUGCCGUCCUUCUACGAACUGCAAAUGAUUUGUUUGUGGACUCGAAAUGAGAUUGUGUGCACUUAACACAAAGCACCGUUGUUACUUUCAGUAUUAAUACUCUUCCCCGCUCAUAGUUUUAUUUUAUUUUUAUUUCAAAAUGAUUAUCCUUCACACACAAAAUAGACAAAGGAUGUCAGAGUUCUUCAUCAAUGAUACAAAUAACAUGUCAGCAGUAAUCUACACACAAGAGAAUAAAAUGUCAUUAUUGUGGAAUAAGAUUAUCCAGAUCUGUUUAUUUACAGCUACAGAACAUGCACUGAAAAUCUCCUUUAAUUAUUCUAUUGAUAAUCACUGACAGUAUAUAAUUCUGUAGCAUCAUCCUGAAACAACACUGCAACCAAAAUAAGUAUUCAUCUUACAUCAGGACAAGCCAUGCAUAACACACUUAAACUUGCUCAUGUGACAAAUACAGUAUACGUUCAAUGCAAUGCUUCCUUCAAAUAUUUGUAACCUCUAAUGUGUACAUGUGCUUAUAAAUCAGUGUUUGAUAUCCUUGUUCCAUUAAUUUGAUGUAAUUUACUGAAUAAGAGCCUGUGAAUCCUAUUACAUUUUACUACUGGGUUUGAAUUACAGCUAAAUAAAUGUUAUUGGUUUGUUUUGUAA